AUCUACCGUAUGGCCCCUUUAAAAAAAAAUAAAAAAACAACCUAAAAACUACAAAUUCCAUAUAACCAUUUGAGUGAGGUCGGAGGCUCCUGAGUGACAAAGCUUUAUGAUGUCUGGAAAGUUAAUAACAGUUGAUGAUUUUGAACAACAUGCAAAACGCUUUCUCAAAAAAUCAGUAUUUGAUUAUUAUCGAUCAGGGUCAGAAAAUCAGGAAACCUUAGCGGAUAAUGUAGCUGCUUUUUCAAGAUGGCGGCUUUAUCCUCGCGUUCUAAGAGACGUCUCUGUCACUGAUCUGUCAACAACCAUACUAGGCCAGAAAGUCAGCAUGCCGAUAUGUGUGGGAGCAACUGCAAUGCAGCGGAUGGCUCACCCCGAGGGGGAAGUCGCUACUGUGAGAGCGUGCCGAUCUAUGGGGACAGGGAUGAUGCUGAGCUCCUGGGCCACCUCAUCUAUUGAGGAAGUGGCAGAGGCCGCAGCAGGAAGCCCAUGUUGGAUGCAGCUGUACAUCUACAAAGACCGCAACCUUACAAAGUCGCUGGUGCAGCGAGCAGAGCGAAUGGGCUACAAAGGAAUCUUCUUAACGGUGGAUACUCCUUACCUCGGGAGGAGACUGGAUGAUGUGCGCAACAAGUUCCAGCUCCCUCCUCAUCUCAGGAUGAAAAAUUUUGAAACUGAAGACCUGGCGUUUUCAUCGAAAAAAGGCUAUGGGGACAACAGUGGAUUGGCAGUCUAUGUAUCACAGGCUAUUGAUGCGUCUAUCAAGUGGGAUGACAUUGAGUGGCUUAAAGGACUGACUUCUUUACCCAUUGUAGCCAAAGGCAUUUUACGAGCUGAUGAUGCUAAAGAAGCUGUUAGACGUGGCGUCAGCGGCAUCCUGGUGUCCAAUCACGGAGCUCGCCAGUUAGAUGGUGUUCCCGCUACAAUUGACGUGCUGCAAGAAAUAGUGGCAGCAGUAGAAGGGAAAGUGGAAGUGUAUCUAGAUGGCGGAGUGAGGAAAGGAACAGACGUUCUGAAGGCUUUAGCUUUGGGUGCUCGGGCAGUUUUCAUUGGUCGGCCUGUAUUAUGGGGCUUGGCAUACCAGGGAGAAGACGGUGUGAAAGAAGUCCUUGACAUACUAAGGGAAGAAUUUAAGCUGGCAAUGGCUCUUACAGGUUGCUGUUCUGUGAAUGAAAUAGGGAAGUCACUUGUUCGAGAAAGCCGCUUCUCUUCUAAAAUGUAGAUAAGUCAGCAUAAAGAAAACUUUCCUUUCAGAAAAGUUGAACUUACUGCAGAACAACCAGAAGGCAAUAUGUCAGUCAUACAAGACAAAGUAUAGGAAAAGAUUCAUUUGCAUUGCUUAAAUAUUUAAUUUUUCUGUUAUGCUCUGUGUAUUUAUUUUGAAAUGUAAUAAAUACUGAUAUUACCCUG